AAGUAUCCCGUGGCCUGCUUGGCAAAGCUUAUGGAGGUCUAUGGGGAAGGGCUUGCUAUUGGUUACAACAUCAGUUGCAAGCAUUUGAAGAUGCUAUGUGUCCAUUACCUCAUUGAAGCUUUUCAUGGUUAUGCCCACAACCAGCAUUGUCAGCUAGGCUUCCACCCAUGGUUUCUAGGGACAGCUGGUCUAGAAGAUUUUAAGACUAAUGAGUGCUUGUUCUCAAGGCAGAACCUUACUGCACAUCUAUUCCCCUAUGCAUCAGCAUACCACCAACACCUAACUCUA